AUGAGUAAAAUUAGGGGCCUCCCACCCGAGGUCAGGGAACCAGACCCAGGAGUGGACCUUGGGGUAGAAGAUGGCCUUCUUUGUCAGCUGAUUCAUUCUCCAGAAUUCAAUUUGUUCUCCGAGUCUGCGGUGUUUGAAAGCAACUUUAUUCAGGUCACGAAGCCUGGGAUCUGGAUGGAUGUCUCCGAUGGGUCUACCACAGUCAUCCUGGGCGUCACCUCCUCAGUGCCCUCCUUGCCACUCCCCAACGUCCUUCUCAUGGCAAACGUCACCUGGCCCAAGAAUCAAUUGUCCACCCAGAAAACACCAGGCAGUACUCCAGCCAUCACUCUCAGCAGGAUUCUUCCCCUGAAGUAUGUGGAGCUACAAAUCUGUGACCGGCUCCAACGCAUCCUGCGGGUUAGAACCGUGACUGAAAAGAUCUACUACCUGAGACUCCAUGAAAAACACCCAGAGACCGUGUUUCAAUUCUGGAUCCGCUUGGUGAAAAUUCUGCAGAAAGGUCUGUCCAUCACCACCAAAGACCCACGAAUCCAGUUCACUCACUGCCUGGUACCCAAGAUUGCCCCAAACACCAACGACGCAACAGCUGAAAGCAGCCCCCUGUCAUCCUGCCAGCCCAGUGAGACCUCCCUGCUGCUGGCCGCCGAGCAGAGCUGUGACAGUUUUUCAGAUCUCUCCAAAAGGUCCAUUCUCAAAGACAGCAGGAGCACUAACAUUACCAUUGGCCUGGACGGUUUCCACAGCUGCCACUCGCUGCCCCUCCGGGAGGAGUCUCCCAUGAAUCUGAGAAUACCCAUGAGAGCUGCCUUGAGCCACAGCCUCUGGGAACAAGAGCAUUCCGAUGAGCACUCCUUACAGGCGCCCGUGGCCAGCGCGCUUGGACAGAACUUUUUGGGACCCUAG